CGAAAAAAAAAAAUGCUUUCCUACAUUUCAUCAGCUUCUUCUUCUUCCACCACCACCGCCUUCUUCUUCAAUCUCCGCUCUUCUCUCUUAGCCAAACCAAGAUUCCAUUUUUGCCCUUCCAUCUUCUCCAAAUCACAGCAACGCCACUACUCCAAUUUCUUUCCUCGUUCUUCUUCUUCUGCUAUGGAUUCUCCGUCAAUCGCAGCCGUUGAUUCCAUCGCCGAUGAUCUCAGAAAUCAGAGCUUGAAUUCCAAUAAUCAUGGUGGAAAUCAUGAUGGUAUUAAUAAUGUUAGUAAAAAUAAAGGGGUGAAAUUGAAGCUGGAGGAACUUAAUUGGGAUCAUUCAUUUGUUCGAGAGCUCCCUGGUGACCCCCGAACUGAUAUUAUGCCAAGAGAGGUAUUACAUGCUUGUUAUACAAAAGUAUCGCCGUCAGCUGAAGUGGAGAACCCUCAACUCGUUGCAUGGUCAGAAUCAGUUGCUGAAUCACUUGACUUGGCUUCUAAAGAGUUUGAAAGACCUGAUUUUGCGCAGAUAUUUUCCGGAGCUUCUCCCUUGGUUGGAGGGGUUUCUUAUGCUCAAUGCUAUGGAGGACACCAGUUUGGAAUGUGGGCUGGUCAGUUAGGUGAUGGCAGGGCAAUAACUCUUGGGGAGCUUCUUAACUCAAAUUCAGAAAGGUGGGAGUUGCAGCUCAAAGGUGCUGGAAAAACACCAUACAGCCGAUUUGCAGAUGGUCUUGCAGUGUUACGAAGUAGUAUACGGGAAUUUCUUUGUAGUGAAGCAAUGUAUUUUCUGGGAAUACCCACAACACGUGCUCUUUGUCUUGUGACAACUGGAAAAUUUGUCACCCGAGACAUGUUCUAUGAUGGAAAUCCAAAGGAGGAACCUGGUGCAAUUGUUUGCAGAGUAGCUCAAUCUUUCCUUCGCUUCGGUUCAUACCAAAUACAUGCUUCUAGAGGAAAAGAGGAUCUUGAUAUUGUUCGUACUUUGGCAGACUACACCAUUAAGCAUCAUUAUCCCCAUUUAGAGAAUAUGAGUAAGAGCGAAAGUGUAUCUUUUCAAACCGGGGAGGAAGACAAUGAAGUGGUGGAUCUAACCUCAAACAAGUAUGCAGCUUGGGCUGUGGAAGUUUCUGAGCGUACAGCAUCCUUGAUUGCAAAGUGGCAGGGUGUUGGUUUCACACAUGGUGUUUUGAAUACUGACAACAUGAGUGUGCUGGGACUUACCAUCGACUAUGGUCCUUUUGGCUUCUUAGAUGCUUUUGAUCCAAGUUAUACUCCAAACACAACAGAUCUUCCUGGGAGGAGAUACUGUUUUGCAAAUCAACCUGAUAUUGCCCUGUGGAACAUUGCCCAAUUUGCUAGGACUUUAUCUUCUGCCAAGUUGAUUACUGAUAAGGAGUCAAAUUAUGUUAUGGAGAGAUAUGGAACCAAGUUUAUGGAUGAUUAUCAGGCUAUAAUGACUCAAAAACUUGGCCUGCCAAAGUACAAUAAACAGUUGCUCAGCAAACUUCUUAACAAUAUGGCUGUUGAUAAAGUAGACUAUACAAAUUUCUUCCGGUUGCUCUCAAAUAUUAAAGCUGACCCUGCCAUUCCUGAAGAUGAGCUAUUGAUUCCUUUAAAGGCAGUACUGCUUGAUAUUGGUAAAGAACGGAAGGAGGCAUGGACCAGCUGGGUGAAGUCCUAUAUUGAAGAGCUUUCUGCUAGUGGUAUCUCUGAUGAGGAGAGGAAGGCCUCAAUGAAUUCUGUAAAUCCUAAGUACGUUCUUAGGAACUAUUUAUGCCAAAGUGCCAUUGAUGCUGCUGAGAUGGGCGACUUCGAAGAGGUUCGCAGAUUAUUGAAGGUUAUGGAACGUCCUUUUGAUGAGCAGCCAGGAAUGGAGAAAUAUGCACGCUUGCCCCCUGCAUGGGCUUAUCGUCCUGGGGUGUGCAUGCUGUCUUGUUCUUCAUAAGUUUCCUGUGUAUUAAUAUGAUGGAGAAUGAUAGUUGUACAUAUCUAUAAAUCAGAGUUCUGCUUUUAUAAUAGCACAUGGAAGCUUAGUAUUAUUUUGUUGCUUUUUCCUCCCUUCUUUACCCCUUUUUUGGCGUAAAUCAACAGAAGGCGCUCAUUUUUUUAACUUGCAAGUUUUUUGCACCUACUGUUCCACAGUACAUUAUUUAUGUGAAGUCAUAUUACGCAUUUUA